AUGUAUCAAAUUAACUCUCAAACACCAGAACCUGCUUUGUUAACUAAGAAUGAUGAUGGAUUUUAUCAAUUUACAAUCAAAGCUCCAUCCGAAAUCCCUAAUAACCAACAAAUCACAGUCAAAUUAUCGAUUAAAGAUCCUGCUGGACAAAAAGCAGAAAAAGCAUUAAAGAUUGAUGUUAAACAGUCGCCAUACAUAACAGAAUCACCAGAUAAUUCUGAAGUUAAAGAAGCAUAUAAAGCAGAAGAGCCAAUCGUUGUUAUUAUUCAAUUCAAGCAUUUUGAGGAAAGGACAGGAAAAUUCGAAUAUAAAUUCUAUGAAGAUCAAAGUUAUAUUCCACUUCCUGAAAAGAAUGUUAAAGAAGUUUCUAGCGGUUCGAGUACAUCUUCUAAGAAGCUCCUAGCUGAUGAUGGCAAAACAUAUCAACUUACCAUACCAGCUCCUAAAAUCGAUGAAAUUAGAGAUUCAGAAGAAGCUAACUUCGGAUCAGAACUGCUCAAUCCGAUGAACAACCCACCUUCAAAUGUCUUCUCUAAAGAGAUUAAACUUGAGAAGACAAAAUAUGUUUCAGGAAACAACCAAAUCCAACAUCAUCUCCUUCUAAGGGAGGAUUAUCUGGCGGCCAAAUUGUAG